AUGACCCAGAUCCAAUAUAUCGCCGUUGACACUCCCAAGGGGAACAGGCCACUGGUCUCGGUGAAGGUUUCCGAUCUGGGCGCGAAUCCUACUUUGACCAAUAGAGUCACUUAUCAAUGGGAUAGGCCCACCACGCAUGCUUUCAGUGCCAACGAGAGCAACCCAAUUUCCGACGAGACAACUCUAGAGGAAUACAUUUCUCUUACUUCUAGCUUUAAUGGUGUCAAGAAAACCGACACUUCCACAGCCGGGGAAGAUAGUAAUAACUCUGCUAACACUUCCAACUCCCAAGGCAUCCAGACCAUUCGCAUCAAGCUGGUCUCUCUUUCCCCGGUGAAGGCAGAGAAAGAGGAAAAGACUAAGGAAAACCUUGCUCAGUCGACUGUGGGGAAAGACCUUAAGGACUUGCUGAAAUCAUUUCGAAAGCCCGUCGAAGCUGGUGAACUGAGUAACACAGCUGCGCUGUUGGGCAAUCUCGCUUCACUGCAAGAAAGCUAUAUCACCAAAGCGAACACCAAAGCCUACAUCGACGCUGCUGAUCUGACUGAGACACAGUGGGAAAAUAUUCUGUUUAACAAUCGAUUGCUGCAUGGAUACUAUUACAAUGACGAAAACGGUAUUUUGAUAAAGGCCCCCAAGAGAGCUUUUGCCAUCAAACGUCCCGUCGCGACACCCGACCCAACACGGGGGCUGGUGGGCAGCGAUAUUCCAGCAAACAACAAACUCGAGGAAAGAAAAGCGAUACCACCGAAAACCGAAACAGAGGCACCUGGAGUCCGGGAAUAUUUGAACACGCUCCCUGGAAUCCCCUUGUUUCACGUGCAUGAUGACUCGAGCAUCACCGUUGUUGAGGCCCAGACAGCCUUCCAAAAGAAAAUGGCCGAUCAGGGCUUUAAUUCAGCCGCCAUCGAGGCUAAUCUGUCCGGUAACGUCUUUAGCGGUUUGUUGUCUGCAUCUGGGUCAUGGCAGGAUGAAAAGUCCCAUGCUACGGUGAACAGAGACGUGGGCAAGCAAACCUCUCUGCACGUCGCCUACAAGUUCCCCCGUGUGGCUGUAGACCUAAGCCCCGAGUACCUCCAAUUGUCAGAUGAAUGUUGGAACGACAUCCUGCAGAUAACUGAUCUGGACGGGGUCGAUAGGUUCGAGAAGCAGUACGGAAAUGCCUUCCCAACCCAGGUCAUGCUCGGGGGUUUUCUACACAGCUCCCGGUUUGUUGAUGCCCAAAGCACUGAUCACCUAGAAAAGAUCAAGGCAGAGACGAAAACCGCAGCGGGCAUCAGCUUUGCAUCGCCCAAGCUGAGCCUUGGUGUCAAUUAUGCCAAGGCCAAUGGCAAUGAAGAUGAAAAGUCAUCCGGUGCAGCCUACCAGAAUGCAAACCUGGCCUGGGAGGCGCGUGGUGGCGAUACCACCUUGUGUUCCAACCCGCCGGAAUGGGCAAAUACUGUCAAGGACUAUCGCAACUGGAGAAUCACCGAGCAAUCCCACAUGCUCAGCCUGAAGAAAGUGAUAAGCCAAAUUGAUUAUCUCAUUUAUCAAAGGCUCGAGUAUCCUUCAAAUGCGCUACCAACCACCACUCCAAAAGGCCAAACAGACGCUUUGAUUAGGGCUUUCGCGAAACUCUUGAGGGUGCCCAAUGACCCAAAGCUGAAAAGCCUUGCUGGAUUCUUUUCAAGGGACGAUAGUCUCAACGAUUUCAAUACAUGGUUAAAGCAGCAUGGUCGGGAGAAACUGCUUUUAGGUGAAGAUCGCACAUGGGAUAAGUUGAAUCCUGACCAAAAAAUAUUCUAUGGGUGUCAGGUGCGAAGUGUUUAUAUUCGCACCCGCAGGCCUGAACUCCUGAAGGCCAGUGAUUAG